CCAGCGGAGCCGGGCAGCUUGUCUGGCCGGCGGAGGCUGAGCGCGACCCUCGCGAGCCGCGGCGCCCGCCGACCAGGGAGAAGCGCGACUCCCGGGACCCCGCUCUGCUCCGCGCAGCCGCCUCCUCCCAUCGUCGCGGGGACGAUCCGGCCCGCGCCGCCGGGGCCGAGGUUCUCUCCUCCCGGCGGAGAAGGAGCGGAGAGAGCCGAGCGGCUGCUCCGGGAGCGAGCGAGCCGAGGCCCCUGCCCCCGAGUGUCGGGGCUGGAGGAGGAGGAGGCGGAGGCGGAGGGAAGUGCGCGUCAUUCCCGGGAGGAGAGUUUCACCUCCAGGCGGAGGCUGCGGCUGCCAGUUGCAUAAAAGCAGCGGCGGCGGCGGGCGCGGGCGCGGGGCUCUCCGGGCGCUCUGGCCAUGGAGAGAAGAUCCGGACCCGGGGACGCUAAGAGCUCGGCUCCGUCUCUUUGGACCGCGGUGUAGGCACCUGAAGUAGCCGACGCUAAGCGGGGGAGGGGAAGUGACGGUGUAUCAUGCAUGCCACUGAAUCCAGGGGACACCCCCCUGCUUUCCUACAACCUCAGAACGGAAGCAGCCACCGCUCUUCCGGCUAUGUUCCCGGGAAGGUCGUGCCGCUGCGCCCCCCUCCUCCUCCAAAGAGCCAAGCUUCAGCCAAAGUGACGUCCGUCAGACAGGAAGCCCGGGCCACCUUCGCCUUCUCACCUGAAGAGCAGCAGGCCCAGAGAGAAAGCCGGAAGCAGAAGAGGCACAAAAAUACUUUCAUUUGCUUCGCCAUCACUAGUUUCUCAUUUUUUGUUGCACUCGCGGUCAUUUUAGGAGUAUCCUCAAAAUACGCUCCAGAUGAGAAUUGCCCAGAUCAAAACCCACGUCUCAGGAACUGGGAUCCAGGACAAGACUCUGCCAAGCAAGUUGUUAUCAAGGAGGGAGACAUGUUCCGUCUGACGUCAGAUGCCACGGUGGAUUCUGUACUCAUUCAGGAUGGAGGAUUGCUUGUGUUUGGGGAUGAUAAAGAUGGAUCCAGAAAUAUUACUUUGAGGACUCGUUACAUCCUGAUCAAGGAUGGGGGGGCGCUUCAUAUUGGAGCAGAAAAAUGCCGCUAUAAAUCCAAAGCGACAAUUGCCUUGUAUGGCAAGUCAGAUGAAGGUGAAAGUAUGCCAACAUUUGGCAAAAAAUUUAUCGGUGUGGAAGCUGGCGGGACACUGGAAAUCCACGGGGCGCAGAAGGUAUCAUGGACGCUGUUGGCGAGAACUCUGCCCUCCUCAGGCUUGGCCUUUGGGUCCUAUGCCUUCGAAAAGGACUUUUCGAGGGGCCUCAAUGUGAGGAUCAUCGACCAAGACACGGCCCAGAUUCUGGAAAGUGAGAGGUUCGAUACCCACGAAUACCACAAUGAGAGUAGACGCCUUCAGGAGCUGCUGCGAAUCCAGGAUCCGGGCCGGAUUGUUGCUAUAGCCGUUGGAGAUUCAGCAGCCAAGAGCCUCUUACAAGGAACCAUACAGAUGAUCCAGGACCGGCUGGGAAGUAAGCUGAUCCAGGGACUGGGCUACAGGCAAGCGUGGGCUUUGGUUGGGGUCAUUGAUGGUGGGAGUGCUUCUUGCAAUGAAUCUGUGAGAAACUAUGAAAAUCACAGCAGCGGAGGGAAGGCUCUUGCCCAAAGAGAAUUUUAUACUGUGGAUGGUCAGAAGUUCACUGUGACGGCUUAUAGUGAAUGGAUCGAAGGUGUUUCUCUUUCAGGUUUCCGGGUGGAGGUGGUGGAUGGAGUGAAGCUUCAUCUGCUGGAUGACGUUAGUAGCUGGAAACCUGGAGACCAGAUUGUGGUUGCAAGCACGGACUAUUCCAUGUACCAAGCAGAGGAGUUCACUCUUCUGCCCUGUCCAGAGUGUAGCCAUUUCCAGAUCAAAGUCAAAGAAGCCCCUCAGUUCCUGCACAUGGGUGAGAUCACUGAUGGUGUAGACAUGAGAGCAGAGGUCGGAAUUCUCACCCGGAAUGUUGUCAUCCGAGGAGAAAUGGAAGACUCCUGCUACGCUGGAAACCAGUGCCAAUUCUUUGACUAUGACACCUUUGGGGGACAUGUCAUGAUAAGGAAAAAUUUUACAUCUGUGCAUCUUUCCCACGUGGAACUGAGGCACAUGGGCCAGCAGCACCUGGGACGGUACCCCGUCCAUUUUCACCUGUGUGGGGACGUGGAUCACAGGGGAGGGUACAGACACGCGACCUUUGUGGAUGGCUUGUCGAUUCAUCACAGCUUCUCCCGGUGCAUCACCGUGCACGGGACAAAUGGCCUGCUGAUAAAAGACACAAUUGGAUUUGACACGCUGGGUCAUUGUUUCUUUUUGGAAGAUGGUAUCGAACAGAGAAAUACUUUGUUCCACAAUCUGGGACUCCUCACCAAACCCGGCACCCUCCUCCCCACUGACAGGAAUAACUCCAUGUGCACGACCAUGCGAGAAAAAGUGUUUGGAAAUUAUGUGCCCGUGCCCGCCACGGACUGCAUGGCGGUUUCGACGUUCUGGAUUGCUCAUCCCAACAAUAACCUGAUUAGUAACGCAGCUGCGGGCUCACAGGAUGCUGGAAUAUGGUAUUUAUUCCACAAGGAACCUACUGGAGAAUCCAGUGGAUUGCAGCUCUUAGCAAAACCAGAACUCACUCCGUUGGGUAUAUUUUAUAACAACAGGGUCCAUUCAAAUUUUAAGGCUGGCUUAUUUAUUGACAAAGGUGUCAAAACAACCAACGCUAGUGCGGCAGACCCCAGGGAAUACCUCUGUUUGGAUAACAGCGCAAGGUUUAGGCCUCAUCAAGAUGCAGACCCUGAAAAGCCACGUGUUGCUGCUUUAAUCGACAGGCUCAUUUCUUUUAAAAAUAACGACAACGGAGCUUGGGUCAGAGGGGGAGACAUUGUUGUUCAGAAUGCAGCAUUUGCAGAUAAUGGAAUAGGACUGACCUUUGCCAGUGAUGGAAGCUUCCCAAGUGAUGAAGGCUCCAGCCAGGAGGUGUCCGAAUCUCUCUUUGUUGGUGAAAGCAGGAAUUAUGGCUUUCAGGGUGGUCAGAACAAGUAUGUAGGCACUGGAGGAAUCGACCAGAAGCCCCGGACCCUACCUAGGAACAGGACGUUCCCAAUUAGAGGCUUUCAGAUUUACGACGGGCCCAUUCAUUUAACCAGGUGUACGUUCAAAAAAUAUGUGCCAACUCCAGAUAGGUACACCAGUGCGAUCGGCUUCCUGGUGAAGAAUCCCUGGCAGAUAACCCCCAGGAAUAACAUCUCCCUCGUGAAGUUCGGUCCACACGUCACUCUGAAUGUCUUCUUCGGGAAGCCUGGCCCCUGGUUUGAAGACUGUGAGCUGGAUGGUGAUAAGAACUCCAUAUUCCACGACCUCGACGGCUCCGUGACGGGGUACAAGGAUGCAUAUGUGGGAAGGAUUGACAAUUACCUGAUCCGCCACCCAAGCUGUGUGAACAUUACCAAGUGGAACGCAGUGGUCUGCAGCGGGAGCUACGCCCAGGUCUACGUGCAGACAUGGAGCACUCAGAAUCUGACGAUGACCAUCGCACGGGAUGAGUAUCCCUCCUACCCGAUGGUGCUCCGAGGCAUUAACCAGAAGGCUGCCUUCCCACAGUACCAGCCUGUGAUCAUGCUGGAGAAGGGCUACACCAUCCACUGGAACGGACCGGCCCCACGGACUGCUUUCCUGUACCUCAUAAACUUCAACAAGAACGACUGGAUUCGAGUUGGCCUCUGCUAUCCAUCAAACACAAGUUUUCAGGUUACCUUUGGCUUUUUACAGCGCCACAAUGGCUCACUGUCCAAAAUGGAAGAGUAUGAGCCUGUGCACUCCCUGGAGGAACUGCAGAGAAAGCAGUCUGAGAGGAAAUUCUAUUUUGACUCCAGCACGGGGUUACUAUUUUUGUAUCUCAAAGCCAAAAGCCACAGGGAUGGCCACAGUUACUGUUCAUCUCAGGGAUGCGAAAGAGUCAAGAUCCAGGCAGCAACAGACUCAAAAGACAUCAGUAACUGCAUGGCCAAAGCAUACCCCCAGUAUUAUAGGAAGCCAUCGGCCGUCAAGCGCAUGCCGUCCAUGCUCACCGGGCUUUGUCAAGGCUGCGGGACCCGCCAGGUGGUGUUUACUAGUGAUCCUCAUAAAAGCUACCUCCCCGUGCAAUUCCAGUCACCCAGCAAAGCAGAGACUCAGCGUGGAGACCUGUCUGUGAUCUCUGUCAAUGGCACUGACUUUACCAUCCAAAAUCCGGGUGUUCUCCUCCUCGUUGUGGAUGCCUGCAGCGUUCCGUUCCGCUUAAUGGCCAAGAAGGUGUUCUCUCUUGCUGAUGUUAGUCGCGUGGAAGAGUAUUUGAGAACAGGCAUCCCUGCAAGGUCAAUUGUUCUGUUGAGCACCAGAGGAGAAAUAAAGCAUUUGAAUAUUUCAGAAUCAUUAGUCCCUCUGGGAUUAGCCAAACCAGCUCAUCUUUAUAACAAAGGGAGUACCAUAUUUUUGGGAUUCAGCGGAAACUUUAAGCCAUCGUGGGCUAAGCUCUUCACCAGUCCUGCUGGCCAGGGCCUCGGGCUGCUUGAACAAUUCAUACCUUUGCAGUUGGAUGAAUAUGGUUGUCACAGAGCCGGCGCUGUCCGCAGAAGAGAUCUGGAGCUGUUGAUGCAGACUUCUAAAGCACAUUAGAGACUCGCUGUAACUUAAGUGCUGGGGGGAAAAAUGUGAACUAACUUAUUUAAUUUAUGGCGUUUUUAAAAUGACACUGUUAACCCAAUGGAACCAUUUUCCUGUUUGAUCCAGAAAGGGACAAGGGAGUUUAAAGCGAUCGCUUAAAUACCAGCUCGUGCACCUUCGAGUUGUACAAAGUGUUGAAGAAUUUAUUUGUAUUUGUUAGGCUGGUAUGUUCAGAGAGCGGUUCGAUGCCUCACCUUCUACUCUGUGUGUUUCAGUGACUGCAAGCAGCUCUUUCCUCUCUGUAUCACAGGAGGUCGUGGGACGAGGUGGGGGCCCCCGAGGAUCAGCCCGAGUCCUUGAGGGGACCAGCUCUUGUAGCACCUCCGAUACUUGAAGGCUGAUGCCCAGCUGUGUCGUUGGCUUUGGGCCCACGGUUGACCUGGGUGGCCGGCAAGUUCACUGAUGCCUUGGGCUCUGGAUCCGGGCAGGCAGCCUUAGCAGAUUGUAUAGGAUUCUCAACAGAGUCUUCCCCAUGGCGGCUCAGGCCCUGCUCAUGCCCUUUUUUGCCUGGGCAUGUGCUGUUUUUAUUCGUUUGUACAUUGAUUCCUUCCAAGGGUUUAACUUUCAAACAGAAAGGAUACUGGGACAAAAGGGCUUUAGGGAUCUGACAUCCCUGAUAAUCUGUGCCCAGGGGCAAAAAUUUGAUCUGCACCAAGGUCUGAAGUUGUUGGGACCGUCUUUGCAGCUUUAAUUCUUAACCUGUUUCGACUGUAUAUUCCUGUUUAAAAAUGCAGAGCUGAGCUGAAUAUUUACAUUUUGUUGUUGUUGUUAAAAGAAGGCCGUUUUCCUAAACCGUAAACUUGCAUCGUUUCAACUUGCACAAAGGAAGUCUGUUCUCGGGAUUGCUCCUGCACCUGGAUUUUGUUGUUUUUAUGUGUGGAUUUUUUUAAAGCUUUUCUGCUCCUCAUCCUGCCAAGAAAAUCGCAGAAAGCUUAAGGAGACCCCAAAAUAUUGUACUCAUGGGGCAAAAAGCGGGGAGCCUUUUAAGGGUCAGAAUCAUGGAGGAGAUAUUCAGAAACAGUACUCUGUACGGCCUUAGAGAAGUUGGUCAUUCUUAGUUAAUUAAGUUGUCAGAGCCAAUUUUUUCAAAAGCGCCGUGACGCUCAAAUUCCCUUCCCACGGCACGUGCGCGUGUUCUGUCCGUGAGAAUUGCAUGUGUCAGAAAGACUGGCCCCACAGCCGGGGCGGUGACCACACCAAGAGGAGAGAAGGAUCAAAAUGCCUUCACCUUUUCCAAAACCUGUAACACGUGACACGUAUGAAGACAUGGCCAUGGCGAGAUUGGAGGAAGUGUGUUCCGGCUGACUUGGCAAUGAGUUCAGACACACUCGUUUUCCUCUGCUGAGAGCAAAGGUUGAGGGCUGUCCCUCUGUGUCCACGAAAAAGUGCAGAGCAGCUCUGUGACUUCUGUUAACGUUAAAAAUAUGCUACCUCAAAAUGCUACCGAUAAACCAUUCUAACUCUAAGUGCUCUUGCUAAGGGCACAUGUCUUAAAGUUUAAGGCUGUUUUUUUUUCUUUUGUAUAUCGAUGAAUGAGAUCUUACCUAUUAAAUAUAUUAUUGGAUCAUGGUUCCUGAAGGUGAUUAAAGUCUGUUUGUGUGUGUGUUUUUUAUGACUUACAUAUCUCUUGUGUGUGUUUUUUAGAGUUUUGGUUCUUUAAAGAUUUGGAGAGGCUAUGUAAGUUCCAAGGCAACUCGGUUUUUCUGAUUUAUAUGCUAAUCAUCAGGGCCUAAGUUAAAUAAAUAAAAAUGUGUGUGCAUGUAUUUUUUAUA